ACUGAAUCUGUUUCUAUGACAGUCACUGGGUGCGAACAUCGUAGGAAGAUUAGAAAACUGCCCGUACACCAGUCCCUCUUUAUCAAGGAUGCUACAGUUACUGCAGCUACGCCAGGGCGUGAUCGCGCUUCUCAUAUGGCUCGCGCACUUCAUGGAAGAGUAUAAAGUGCAGGCUGGUAACUGCUGGCUGGAGCAAGGGAAGAAUGGGAGAUGUCAGGUCCUGUACAUGUCUGGGAUGAACCGCGAAGAAUGCUGUAGAAGCGCGCAGCUGGGCAUGGCGUGGACGGAAGAGGACGUGCCCAGCAACACAUUAUUUCGAUGGUUGCUACUAAAUGGCGGCGCACCGAAUUGUAUACCAUGUAAAGAAACAUGCGAUAAUGUGGACUGUGGCGCUGGAAAGAGAUGUAAGAUGAAGAGAAACAAACCACGAUGUGUGUGCGCGCCGGACUGCUCCAACAUAACCUUUAAGGGCCAUGUCUGUGGCUCGGAUGGAAAAACAUACCGCAAUGAGUGUGCUCGCCGCAGAGCAAAGUGCAAGAGAAACCCCAACCUGGUCACCCAGUAUCAGGGCAGGUGCAAGAAAACGUGCCAUGAUGUCCGAUGCCCAGGUUCCUCCACGUGUGUGGUGGACCAGAGCAACAAUGCCUACUGCGUGAGCUGCAACCACGUGUGCCCUGAGGUCAAGUCAGUUGAGCAGCACCUGUGUGGGAAUGAUGGCAUUGUUUAUAACAGCGUGUGCCAUCUCCGGAAAGCAACGUGUAUUUUGGGAAGAUCUAUUGGGGUCGCCUACGAGGGUAAAUGCAUAGAUGCCCAAUCAUGUCAGGAUAUCCACUGUCCAGAGGGGAAGAGGUGUUUGUGGGACAUGCAGACAGGACGCGGCCGCUGCUCUGUAUGUGAGGAUGAAUGUCCAGAGAGUCGUCCUGGAGAUAGUGUGUGCGCUAGUGACAACACCACCUACCCUAGUGAGUGUGCCAUGCGUCACGCUGCCUGCUCCCUGGGGCUGGUCCUGGAGGUCAAGCACACUGGCUCCUGCAAUUGCGUAGACCACUGACCCACGUGAACCCCUGGCCCCCUCUCACUCCUACAGCACAAGGUUGACAGCCUGCCUCCUUGUGAAAACCAGAUGCGUUGCUGGAGGGAAACAAGCUUUAUCAUUUCAGCUGCUUUGUUGGAGGAAGCAAAUUUGAUAAUCAGUUGUUUUUGAAGAGACUUUUUUCCUUUCAAAGCCAUGCCAUCAGAUUCAGUGCUGUUGUCUUUCAUACCGAUGCAACAGCUACUUGUGCUCCUCCAUGUAGCCAUGUCAGAGCUGAUGGAGGAGGAAGAGGAUGAAAAUCAGGACUGCGCAGAUUAUGUUCGCAUAUCUCUGAUAAUGACUAUGUCAACCAACAUCAGUAAUAGGACUUCAAUACAGAGUCAGUAUUCAUACUGUACAUAGAUGUAAUCUUAUUUAUUUUCCAGGGAAAGAAAUGAGGAAGAUUUCAUACAGCUCUGAUUUCUGGAUGUUUAUUUAUACAUUUUUGUCCUUUUAUUUAUACAAUUAUAAUGUUUGACUCUCUUUUGUCUUGUAUAUUAUCCAAAGAAGAAAAAACAUUAUUUAUUAUAUGGUGCAAUGAGUUUAUAAAGUGUUUACUGAGUUUGUGA